AGAUUGAAAGUAAGCAGAAGGUUAAUCAGGAACAAGUGAUGUUGAAACCGGGAGUUCAGUCGGAUAAGGACGGUCAUGCUUGAUGAUCGGCAGUGAGGGGAGAGCUAAGAUUUAAUUACAGUUACCGUGGCUGCAGUUGCAAAUUAACAACACCAAUGUUCAUUGCAGGACUGGGUCAGCUUGAAUUCCUGACUGAUGAAACCUCCGAACCUUCUUCCCAAUCUUCUUCAUUCGUCAGCUGUGCCCCCAAGGUCUUCAGCCCUGGGCCAUCGUGACUUUCUCAACAAGUGGCAUCUGAAUGGCAAAGUAGCUGGAGUAGAAGGCACAAGAAGAGGAGCCAGAACCACCUCGAGGACAUUUGCACCUGGCAUGAGGACCGAGAGUUCAGACAAACGGGUCCAGAUACUUAAGAUGAUUUCAGUCUUGGAGGAGAUGCACCGGACAUUCAACAGCACACUCAGUGCAAGGAUCACUUUCUUGCCAAGAGCAAGUGCCAGAAAUUCAGGACGAAAAAAUAAAAUGGCUGGAGUGACCUCCACUACCGCCCACCCAACUGCUGCUGACAGCACUGCAUCUGGUGCGAGCGCCAGUGUCCUCGUCCCCAGCUUUACUGGGCGGAGCCUCCGGAAGUCACUUCCGCCACAGUCCAAGAAGACCAACAAGAGAGUGUGCUUCUGGAAGUACUGCUCCCAGAACUGAAUUUUUGGCCCCCAGCUCGUCCACCAGCAACUGUUGCUUGGACAUCAUGAGGCCUGCGGCCUUCCACCGUGGCGGCGCCAACCGGGACGUAGACCUUUUCAUCCAACUCGUUAAUUAACAAAGCUGACCGAUCAAAGAAGACGAUGUGUGCUCAUGGCUAAGCACAUGAAAAAGCGUUCCCGUUUAAUACCCCUGCCCCCUCUCAAGAGACAAAUGCACAUUGUUCUUGUAUGUGUAUGCCUUCUUUAAAUAAAAACCUUC